AUGACAGAAAUUAUAUUAGGAAGAACAUGGUUAAAAGAUCUAGGAGAUCAUAUAAUAGUAGAUACAUACGGAACAAUAAAUAGAAGAAAUGGAAACAAAAUAGGAAAAACAAUUAUCACAUUAUAUAACUCAUCAAUGAAAACAAAAGCGGAAAAUAUAAACGAAAUACAGGAAAUAUGUACAGAAGAAAAACAAAACAUAUACGAAAUUACUGAAGAGGAAUGCAUAGAGGCACUGACAGAUUAUUUUACACCACAGGGUUUAAUGAAAAUAGCAGGAAAAGAAAUUAUAGGAUUUAUGUUAAGAACUAUAGAUCAAAAAUUCGAUAUAUCGAGAGGAAUAACUGAAAAAACAGCACGAUAUAUUAGAAAAUACUUAGUAGGAACAGUGAAACAAUUUAUUUCAACUCAAUUAAAAGAAUAUAUGGUAGAUUAUAUGCUAAAUAUAAUAGAGAAAGUAGUAGUACCGGAUUCAUUAAUAGAAAAACAAGUCGAUAAAUUACUGACAUAUGUACUAAAAAAGACAAAUCUAAUAACAAGAAAUAUAUUUUACUUUGCUGAAAUGGAAAAAGAAGAAGAAGUUUACGAAAAAAUUGAAGAAAUAUUCGAAGAAGAAGAAAAUGAAUCAGAACCAGAAUACGAAUAUGAUAUAGAUAUAUACGAAUGGAUGGACCCAGAAAAAGAAGAAUUUGACAAAGAAAAUACAGAAGUAUACGCAGAAAUGCUUGAGGAAAAUUUAGAAAAACUAGAAGAAUUAAAGAUAUUCGAAUGCGAAGAUAGUAUAGAAAUAUUUAAUUGGGCAAACCCAUGGAGAAACAAGAAUGAAGUAGCACCAGGGGUAAAUACAAAGAAUUUGACGUUUAAGAAAAGAAGUGAAAUAGAAACACAGAAAACUUGGAAUAGGAAUAACGAAAUAAAAUUCGGAAAUAAUCAGAGUAAUUACAGAAGACCAGAAUUUAUAAGAGGAACUAUAGUAUCUCGACCAGGAAAACCACCAAUAAUGACAAGAGAAGUAAUUGGAGAAAGAGAACAAAAUGCACCAACAUAUACACCAGAACCCAAAGAAGGAGAAAGGAGAGAAGAGUACACACCAGUAGAUACACCAACGGAAACUCCAAACACAACGGAUAACGAAGGAAGAGAAACAAAAAGAAUAUACAACAAGAAUGCCAAUAGAAACAAAUUUUCGAAAAGAAAAUUUUCUAGAAAAGGCAAAAAAGAUAGGAUCAAAGAAAAAGGCAUAAAUUAUACAAAUAAGAAAGAUUCAGGAUACGAUACUCUAUCAGGAUACAAAGAAACAGCUAGAAUAAAUCCAUUUAGAAGUAGACAACAAGGAUCAGGAAGAGCCAUAUCAGCGGCUAGACCAACGACAGCUACAGUUACAACAGCAGGAAGAAAUAAUACAGGAGGAAGAAUUACGCUCAUAUCGAGAUUGUAUCAAUCUGGAGAAAGAGGAAAUUCAUUUACAGCAAUAGGAAAAGUCGGUAACACUGAGAUAAAAAUAAUAUUUAAUAUGGAAAGAGAAUACGAUGUAAUAUCAAACGCUACAUUAGCACAAAGAAUAGGUGGAGGAAACCACAAUCUAAGAACGGAAGACCAAGCAUUAGUAACAUCAGGAUUACCAGAAGAAUUAUCAAGUAAUAGAAGAAUUACACAGAAAAAGUCAGAUGAUUCAGUGUGCAUAGAAUUCGAAUAUUUUAUAAUAUUAUGUAAGAAAAUAUUCAUAAAUAAUAGUACAACAAAUAGCAACUAUAUAAGUAUAGGACUAAAAACUAUCAAACAGAAUGGAAUAGAAUUUAACUUUAAUAAAAAUCAGUUUAGUAUACCAAACCCAGAAUAUGAGCCAAACCAACAAAAACCAAGAUUAUAUGCUAGCAACAUAUACGAAAGAUCAGAUUAUGGAAGAAGACCACUGCAACUAUCAGAAUUACAAGAUUCGGAUGAUGACUCGGAUUAUUCUGAGGAAAUAGAAAUGUUAAAUGAAGAGUCAGAUAAUGAAAUUAUAAUGGAAAAUAUGAUUAAAGAAGAAUUUAACUCAACAUGGUUAAUGGAAGAAUAUAACUAUCAAGUUAGAAAAGUAAACUUCAAUAGUAAGGAGAAGCUAAAUAUACCUUAUUAUGGGAUAAUAGAAGGAGAAUUAUCAAACGAAAGAAUAAGAAAAGCUCGAUCAAAAGAAUUACUAAAAACCCAUUACUGGAAGGAAGAAGAACAUCCUAAAAAAACAAUAGAAAGAAUUACCAAAUAUUACAAAAUAGGAAAUAAAGAGGAAGAAGAAAUAUGUGAAAAAUACAACACGAAUAACAACGGAAAAGAAGAAAAGAAAUACGAAAAAUAUAUAGGAACAUUUAAAGAAAACGGAAUAAGAAUAGUACUUUAUGAAAUAGAGGACGAAAAAUAUACGGAAAAAUAUAUUAAAAGAAAAGAAAAACGGAACGAUAAUUGGAUAAACUGGCACGAUAAAAAGCAAAUAAUGGAGAAAGAAGACAAAAGUCGAUUAGGAAUUUGUUAUAAAAGGAAAUACCCUCACCAAAGAAAUGAUAAUCCAGAAAACAGAAUACAAAUUUUAGAAUAUUGGAAAGAAUAUUAUCACCCAGAACAAGAAGAAACAAAUCAAGAAAAAAUAAGGACUAAAGAAAAAUUAUUUGAAGAAAUAUAUAGGAAAGGAUACAAACCAAAAUGGUACAAGGAAGAGAAGGAACAACACGAAGAACAAUCUAUAUGGAAAAAUACCAUUAAAAAUGUAGACAAUGAAAUAAUUGAAAUAAUAAACCAAGAGGAAGAAAUGAAUGAAAAAAUUGCAGAUUAUGACUAUAAUGAAACGGAUGAGGAAAUGCUCAUGCUAGAAGAAAUUUCACAGACAGACGAAAAGUUAGAAAGAAUGGAGAAUGAGGAAAAACACAAAGGGAAAAGCUUUGUAAUAAUCAUCUUAUGGGAUGACGAAGGGACAUGGAUUUCAAGAAGAGAAAAUAUGAAUAAAGUGUAUUACGGAUUAUACCAAUACCCUGGAGGAGGAAAAGAAGACAACGAAUCAUUUAAAGAGGCAGCAAUAAGAGAAUUAGAAGAAGAAACGGGAAUAGAAAGAAAUAUUGAAGAUCUAGAAUAUGUAACAACGCAUAAAUGGAAAAAUAACGGACAAGAAUGUAAAACCAAAGUAUAUUUAGUAAGAUUAUUCAGAAUAAUAGGAGAAAGACCAGAAGUAAGAGAACCAAACAAUAUAAAAGAAUGGAUAAAAAUAGAUUAUAAGAAUCUAAGACACUACAAAAUGACACCUACUAUAGAAUAUGAUAAAGAAAAAAUCAUAAAAAGUCUUGAAAAAGAGAUCUAA